AUGGGCGCCUCCUGCUCGUGCCUGCGGCAGGCAGCUGACGCCGAGCCACGUGCCGCCCUAGCGGUCCCCGCGGUUGCCGCGCCCGCGCCCGCGCUGGCGGCGAGCCUGCCGCUCAAGGCCCAGGUCGCUGCAGUGCAGCAGCAGCCGGGCGGCCCGGCCAGCCACGCGGCGCCGAUCGCCGCCAAGCCCGCUAUGGUGGCCAGCAGCGACCGCUGGUCGGACGAGGAAGACUCGAUCCCCGCGGCGCACCCGGGCGCCUGCGCAGCCGACGUCUCGGAGCAGGCCCCCGCCCUGGCGGCCAACAUGAGGCUCACCACCCGCCUGGAGGAGACCCUCAGCAGCGACGCGCCCGCGCAGCCGCCCGCCGCCGCCGCCACUGCCGCGCCCAAGGAGGAGGCCGUGCAGGAGGAGGAUGUGCUGCCAGAGGUCGCGGCCUGCGAUGCCCCCGCAGAGGUGCAGCCCGCGACGCCCGCGAUUGACGAGCUCCGGGCUGCGGAGGGGCAGCAGGACCAGGAGCCGGCGGGGCAGGCGCAGGACGAGGAGCAACGGGCGGCGGCGGGGCCCGUGCCAGAGCCCGAGGCGCCCGCCCAGCCAACCGAGCCUGCGGCCGCCGAACCCCAGCCGGCCGCGACGCCCGAGGCCAAGCGGCCGCCGCGGCCGCGCGGCCCCGCGACGCCCUCCGCGGCGGCGACGGCGGCCGCGGCCUCGCCGUCGGCUGCCACGCCCAUGUCCGUCCCCAAGAGCGGCGCGAAGCUGCGCGGCAGGGCGCAGCGCGUGCCCGUCAGCUCGCAGGGCGGCGAACCCGCGUCGGCGGCGCCCUCGGCGGGCGGCGCAGCGCCCGGCGCGGCGGAGGCCCGGGGGUCCAGGAGGACGACGAGGGAGAGAGUGACCAAGGAGGAUGUCGACAAAGAGGCGGCCAGGGAUGAGAAGAAGGACGAUAAGAGGGAGAAGGCCACCGGCAAGCGUGAGGGCAGUUUUGUGACCACCGUCACGCCGGCCGUGGCGCUGCGCUCGCCGGCGGGCAAGCAGGCCGGCCUGUUUGGCGAGCCGCCGGCGCUGCCCAAGCGCCGCAAGACCACGCGCUCGCCGCAGCCGCCGCGCGUUGGGGCUCCCAAGGGUGGCGCAGAGGGUGAUGCGGCGCCAGCGUCGCCGACGGAGGGCGGGGCAGGCGCCGGCGCCGGCGCGGCGGCGCCGGCGGUGCAGCCAGUGCAUGUGGAUGUCCCAGAGGUCGCUGCGGCCGCGGCCGAGGGCCCGGCCGCGGCGCCAGCGUCGCCGCUGCCCGGCCAGCACCUGCCCGCGGACGUCGAGUUCACCGCGGCGCCGCUGUCCGAGGCCGACGCGGCGAUCGCGGAGGCCGCGGCGGCGUUUGAGGGCAUCGAGAGCCCCAAGGGCCGCGGGGAGGCGGCGCGGCAGGCGGAGGCGGCGGGCGAGGCCGCGGCGGCAGUGGAGGCUAUUGAUGCGGCUGUGUCUGAUGAGGGGCCGGUCGCUGACACUGGCGAGGAGUCAAAGGGGUGA